AUGUCCGCGGGAGCCCGUUGCCAAGGCGAGGUGUGCUCUCUCUUGCCCGCAGUCAAGCCCGAGUACGUGCGGGUGACGCGCGGCGACGGCGCGGAGCUGCGCAACUCCUCGGUCAUCGGGCCCUUCACCGAGGGCGACGAGCUGGCCCUGGAGUGCGAGUCUGGCGGCGGCAAGCCCAUCCCGGGCGUCACCUGGUGGAACGGCACCCACAGGAUGGCCGGCAGGUACUCGCAGGAGCCGAGCGCCAACGGCGUGGGCACGGGCCGCAGCCGCCUGCAGCUGACCCUGGGCCGCGGCGACCUGGGCGCGCGCUACGAGUGCCGCGCCGACAGCGCCGCCCUGCAGGCGCCCAUCACCUCCGCCGUCGAGGUCGAGGUCAACGUGCGGCCGCUGAAGCUGGAGCUGUCGGGGCUGGAGCACCACGUGGUGCAGGGCACCACGGUGGUGCUCAAGUGCGAGGUGGCCGGCGCGCGGCCCGCCGCCGAGGUCACGUGGUACAACGGCACCGAGGCGCUGCGCGAGGACGCGCGGCCCGACACAGCCGCCGAGCCCAGGACGCCCAAGACGAGGGUCAUCAAGGGCGCCGACGGCACCUUCACCACCCUCAGCCGGCUGGAGUUCGUGGCGACGCGGUUCGAGAACGGCGGCGUGCUGUCCUGCAAGGGCGUCAACCCGGUCAUGUCCGCGCGCCAGGAGCCGCCGCUCGAAGACACCAUCCCGCUGGAGGUCCUCUACCCGCCCAUCGUGUACCUGCGCCAGGACAACGUGACCAGGGACGAGGGUCAAGACUUCCACCUCUUCGUCAACUUCACGUCGAAUCCCAACACGCUGAAAGCCGUCCGCUGGUACCGCGACGGAGCGGAGGUGGUGCCGACGCCCGGCCGCUACGAGGGCAGCACCGUCAGCGUUCCGAACCUCACCGUGAGGAACGCCUCGCGCGACGACCAGGGCGUCUACACCGUCGUGCUGGAGAACGAGAUCGACCGCUCUGAGACCAACGACGCCAUCUACGUGUCGAUCUACUUCAAGCCGACGGUGGCGCUGCUGAUGGAGCCGUCGACGCACGUGCGCGAGCUGGACCGCGUGAACAUCACGCUGGUGUGCCGCGUGGAGUCGGGCAACCCGGACCUGCUGGCGGGCGUGCGCUGGUACCUGGAGGGCGAGCUGCUCAAGGAACUGCCCGUGUGCGAGGGCGGCGGCAACGACACCGCCCAGAUGUUCUGCGACGUCGACCCCAGCCGCCUCAUGCUGGAGAACGUGGAGCGCGACUUCCACGGCAACUACUCGUGCGAAGGCCGCAACGAGGCGGGUUGGGGCCCCGUGUCGCCCGAGCAGGAGCUCGUCGUCUACUACCCGCCCGGGCCGGCGUCGCUGGUGUACUCGCCGCCCAGCGUCGUGAAGAAGGGCUCGGUGACGCUGAACUGCAGCGUGGAGGAGCGCGGCUUCCCGGAGACCAGCACGUUCCGCUGGCUGCGGGGCAGCCACCACGUGCAGGACGCCACGGCGCCGGCGCUCACCAUCCAGCCCGUCACCCUGGAGACGCAGUCCAACUUCACCUGCCUCGCCUACAACGAGGGCGGCGAGGGCGAGCCGGCCACGGCGUUCAUCCGAGUGCUCGCCCCGCCGGUGUUCAUCGAGCGGCCGCCGCUGUACUACGGAGCGCUGAUGGGCGCGCGCAACGUGAGCGUGUCGUGCCGCGUGGAGUGCUCGCCGCUGUGCGCCGUGCGCUGGUACAAGGACGGGGUGCUGCUGGACGAGUCGUCGCCCAGGUACACGGUCAUCGACGCCGUCCUGCCGGCGGACGGCCGCAGCAACGACUUCGAGUCCACGCUGUCGACGCUCGUGCUCAACAUCUCGGCGUGGCCCGGCGGCCGGCUGGACCGCGUGCGCGACAACGCCAACUACACGUGCCGCAGCGACGGCAACGCCGCGGGGCCCGGGGUGCAGGCCAACGCCACCUUCAGGGUCGAGUAUCCUCCAGAGAACAUCACGGUGUCGAAGCUGCAGGUCAACGUGAUUGAAAAUGCUGUACCCGAGAAGGUGAUGUGCACAGCGAACGGCUAUCCUGAAGCGCAGUACCAGUGGUACAAGGAGGGUGAGAACAGCACGAUGAAAGGAAAUGCACUGAACCUUGGCUUCCCAUUGAAAAGGCAUCAUGGCGGGAACUACAUAUGCGAAGCUUUCAACAGACACGGGCGCAUAACGGACAAAACAUUUAUCAACGUUCUGUAUAAACCCGAGUGUGCUAUAUCGCAGACAGACAUGGCAGGAAAAUUGGUGCUGGUGUGCACAGUUCACGCCAACCCGACAGAUGUGGACUUCACGUGGCGCAUAAAAAAUGAAAACGAUACAAUUGAGGAAAACAUCGAGAAGAAAGGCCUGCAAAGCCACCUCACGCUCGACUCAUACAUUGAGAACUUUCGAACAUACGUUUGCUUUGCCAACAACUCGGUGGGAGUGUCCAUCCCAUGCGAGCAAGAUGUUACUGCAGCUCACCUCAGCUGGUGGGGGAUGGAGAAGGAGAACAUGAUAAUCAUCGUGGCGGUGGUGGUCGGCGCGAUCAUCAUGGUGCUCAUAGUGUGCGUCAUCAUCAUCAUCGUGUGCAGGAGAAAGCGCGCGGACGACAAGUACAAUAAUCCAGUGGAGCUGGAAGAGAGAGAAAACAAAGAUGAGAAAUUGGUAAUGAACGUGUACGGACAUCACCAUAUUCCGGACGGAGACGCGAGCUCGCGGCCCGCCCAGGCCCCCCCGCAGCCCGCCCACAAGUGGCCCCUGCGGCCCGGGGUGCUAGUCCACGUGAACGGGGCCCGCCGCCUCGGCCCGGGGGGCCCGCCGCCCCCCCACCCUGGCACCGCGGGCCGCAGGGGCAAAAAGGCCAAACGCAGGCGAGCGGUUAGCUUGGGCGCGCUGGCGUCUCCAGACGAAACGAACCAGCACGGUCGGGCUAGCAGGAUCCGGCAAAUGUUUUCCGAUGGCUAUCGGGGUGACACGCUUCCGGGCAUCAUCCACAGCAAGUCUGAAGUGGUGACUUUCAAGAAAUUAGAUGGCCAGUCAAACCAUGGUGUGUCAAGGAAACGUAAAAAACCAGGAGCAGACCCAAACCCAUCAGCUAUCAAAGAUAAAUCGAAGCCAGACUUGAUGUCGUCGCCAAACGAUGGCCUCCUGCAGCCCGACGGAGACAAAGCAUUCUACGAGAACCUUCCUUUCCAUGGCAUGCAGACGGCACCAAACAAGCCUGUUGCACCCAGUUUUAGCUCUCACGUGGUCAGUAGGCCGCCGAGCCAGCUGAGUCACAACGGCUCCUCGGGCUACGGCUCCACGCGCAGCCACGCCGGGCUGUUCUCCGGGAACAAGUGCAACUCCCUGCGAGUGAACAGGCACAAGAGGGGACAGGGCGCAGGGCACUUCCCCAGGUUCUAUUCGUUGAGGCUGCGCAAGAGGUUGCACGAGAGACCAGCUAGGCCCGAAGCGACGGAAAGCGCGGAGCGCGAGGACGACGGUGGUUUCUCGCUGUGCGCGACGCCCAUACGCGAAAACUUCCCCGGCGAAAAAGACGAUGUGUGCGAGCAAAACAACAACAACAACGAUGCCAGCGAGAGGCACGGUCGAGUGAGCGCUCGGUUUCCCGCCCCGGUGCCUGCACCUCGCAGACAACCUCCAAACAAGGUCGUCAGGCACACGUAUCAGAACGUUCCCAUACCAAUAACGCCCAAUUCCCAAGACCUCACUCCAAAGCCCUUCCGACCACAGUACUCGGACCUCGACUACGCAGACGUCGAUUAUCGUUCCUACGGACCAAUCAACUACAAGAAGGCGUCUCUGGAUGCAGUCGAGAAGCAGAAGCCAGCUCGUCCGCCCAAGAACACCCUGCCGGAUCUCCUGUAAGACACGCUGCAUUUAUCGUCCCCCCGUGGCGUGGCGAGCCACGGGCCGGAGAGAGGGGGGAAACAUACGGCCAGCGCCAACGAUUCCUCCGCCAGGCUUUUCAGAGCAGAGAAAUUUGAUACAUUUAUUUGUAAAGCAUUUUGUAAAUAAAUCAAUCCGUAGUUAAGUAAAUUAACGGUGUUGUGUCCGAUGUGAUUAACCCAGCCAAAAAAGUGAUUGUUACCUAAUAUCAGCCCCCUUGCCUCCACCGCACUAAAUCCGUGUCCCGAACUAACCGCCUCGUCUGCCCUAACUUUAAAAAGAGACCUUGUGGUGCUUUGUAACUCUAAGUGCGACUGCAAAAACAUUUCAUUUUGACUCAGUAUGGUGUUUUAUAUGUGUGAUGAACAAGUGUACCUAACACUGUAAAACGUGACAGUUGUGUAAAGUGUGAAAAUUUUUGACAGAGAACAACAAACAUUGUAUAAACUAAUAAAUAUUGUACAGUUAUUCUAUCAAGGAAAGUAAUUUACUGUUAUACUGAAUGAAUUUUAGGUUGUGAGUGUUUUAAUAAAGAAAAUAGUUUUUUUAAUAUGUAUAUAUUGUAUUGUAAAUAAAUGACCUAACCCAAGAUUCGGGUGAAGUUUUGAGAGCCAUCUUAUCUCUGUUAGAAGUGUGUUAGUGUGUGUAUGAUGUCAAGUUGAAUGUAUGCUUCCUUGAGAACAGUAAAUAUAUUGUUGAAUAUCGAGAAUGAUGCACACUAAAUGUACCUACCAUGCUUUUAAAGUUAAGGAGUGGAAAAGAAGUUAACAAUUACUGUCUUUAUUAAAACUAAAAUUGACUUUAUUGAAACUAAAAUUGACUUAAUUUUUUUUUUUUCGCUUUAUUUAACUUAGGCGUGAUUAUUAUUCCAGCUGCCUGUUAUUUUUAUUAUGAAAUUAAUACAGAAAUCGAUCAUAUGUAACAUUUGCUAAUUGUUUAAAGCAUGUUAUUACUAUUUCAGUAAAAUAAUAAUACAAUAAGAAUAUGAUUUCAUUACAUGAGACAUUGUAAUAACCUUUUAGACCAUAGUAAUAGUAAUUAAACUGAGAUUUAAUAUGUAUUCCAUAACUUUGAUGAAAACAUUAAAUUUUUAUUUCAUUUAAUACCCAUAUUCAAAUUUCUAAAUAAAUAUGAUUGGGUCAAGUUUUACUUUGAUUAUUCAAUAGCGAAUAAAAUGUGAGAUUGCACUGAUGUUACGAAAAAAAUUUCUUUCUUUCACAUGGUUGUACACGUCACCAAACUAAGAGAAAAACACCAGUGAACAUGGGAUGUAAAGCAAACCAAUUUUGAAUGAAAAGCUUUUAUAAUUGUUUGGUCAGUCAUGGAUGAGGAUGCAAAAGAAAAGUUACGUUGCUGACGCAGAUGUGUUAAUAACUUCCCUUCCACCCACUAUUUAUAUCCCGCAUCACUCUCUUCCCGCCCACAACACGCGACUUAAUGUAUGAGGUACUGGCUACGCUGCACUGUAUUAUAUGCUGCACUUAAUCCAAUGCAAGGCAACACUUGGAAGAAGUUGGCUCGAUUUGGUCACUACAUAUGCCAUCAGCAUUUCUUUAGCUGUCAACACAGAAGUGUGCAUCACCCUUCCUGACAUUAUCUCUGCAGUAACCAUUUAAGCAUCAUUAAAAGCAUGAACAAUAAUGGAUAAAGCAGUGAGUGAUAUAAAAAAUAACACAAUUAAAAAAAAUAUACGCUGAACAGAUGUGAAUCUUCUUGCAUUUUAGGUAUAGAGAGAGAGAAAUUAUUUUCAUUUUUGAUUAAACCAGCCAUAUAAAAAUGAACGAUAAUUAUAAAUUCAGUUACACAAAUCAAUAACUUUUUUCUACAUGAAUACAUAAAUUGUAGAUUUCUCACAUAAAAUGAAAGAAAUAUGGAAGCGUCAAUUGUCACCGUUACAAAAACAGGAGUAGACAAACACAAUCAGUAGUAUAUACUAUGCUGUUAAACUAGCAUAUAACAUGCUCCGCUACAUACCUAUCCCCCCUUCACUUGCAGUCUUCCCAUUCGACCGUAUGCGUUAGAGUGGCAUCGCCACAAACGCACUCUCCUCCUCUACCGGUUCCCCCACCACGUACCUAACCAUUCCCCUCAAGCGAUCUGAAUCUCCGUAACGCUCAUAAAUUGAAGCCCCCUCAGCAAAGUGGUUUCACGUCAAAAUACAGUAAAAUAAAUAAAGUUCUUGAAAGAUCACUCAAAAUAAAUAUAUUCCUUGAAUAUUCUGUAAACUAACUACAAUAAGUAGAGGUAUAUUUGCCUUUUGUAAUAUAAUAUCAAGCAAGCAUCACGGAGUGCAAUUUAUUGCAAGAAAUUCAAUUACUUGUACCAAUUACAUUACAUAUAAUUAGGCUCCCGCCUACCCGGGAACACAUUCAGUGUGCAGAGCUUCGGAAAACACCACAUGGUUGGAAAACUGCUCAAGAUAUCAAAGUGGUAUAUAUUUAAAACAAAGCAUUUACUUGAAUGUACUCAAGGGACUUGCAUUACACCUUUAUCUUCAUAUCUGCUCAAUAUAUUGUUAUGGUUACCGCUCAAAUAUCAUAGUUGUCCUAUGCACAAUGAGAAAACUGUGAGCCUUGAGCUUAGAGGUGACACCGUGCUAGAAGCACCAGAGUGCGCUGUACUUAUCAUCCCGCCUAACCAACACAAAUGCACUUCUGACCAGGCGGAUGCCUUAAAGAAAUUAUUGUUGCACUUAAUUACACUCCAAGUUCAUAGGCAAUUUUCACUCAGUUUGGUUUCAAGUGUAACAAUGAUAACCGAAGAAAGAACAAACAUUCUGUGUAACACCAGAAGACAAAGCUGUGCAAUUGAAAAAUAUAUUACAAUAAUCAUCAUGUCAUAUCAAAAGCUUGUGUAAAUUACAAAAUAUUUUUAUUAUAACUUGAAUUUAAAAAAAAAUGCAUUCAGUUCAUGUCUUAACUACAACUAUCCAAUUAAAAGAUAAAAGAAAAAUGUAUGCAUGAUGUAGGGCUGUAGCAAGCUUGAAACCGUUUGCAUUUUUUGACAGCAGCACUUCAGGGGUGUACAAUUCUGUGAUUAUUUUUUAUAAAGUUUUCUGAUAAGCCUUAUUUGAUAGAAGCCUGAACAAAAAUCAAGACCUCUUGUACUGUCAAAAUAUGGGUGGAUUUAAAAAUUAAGAGGGGGAACGAUACCAAACUGUUUCAGGUGACUUAUACGCACAAAACAUCACUUUGCCUUUUUCUAAAAGUGACAGUACUGCUCUUAGUGUAAUAUAGUUUUUAUUUAAUGAUGUCUCCAUAAAAUUACAUGUAAUUAGUUACUUCAUACAGAUAAUUAACAGUAAUAAUGAUGCUAACUUAAACUUACCAUUUGAUAUCUAUAAUAUAUUUUAGAGAAUUCACCUUCCUUUGAAUACAUAAUGGUAAACAACUUAAUAUUGCAUGUAGCAGGUGCAUCACCAAUUGCAGUUCAAAAUUCAAAUGCCUACAGUUAUUUAUGGAAGCCAAAGACAAAUUGUAGCUCGCUCCCAAAAAUUUUAUUAUUACAAUUAACCACACAUUUCCACCUCCUUCCCCACUCCCCACGCACACACACACACACACAAUCAAACACAAGAGUUUAGAUCCACAAGUAUUUCAAACACUAAAUUUUUUUUUUUUUUUAUGAUUCUUAGAUUUUGUCACUUUAUGGUCACUCAAGCUCUGCCAUUUAUUGUAUAUUUUACUGUUAGAAGUGUGCAAAAGAUUUGUUUUACCCGAAACAUCACAUCACAGCAGCGGAUCUGUAAUUGGUUAGUCUUUAAUGACACCACAAUAUUGGUAAAAUUUCAUUUUAUCUAAAACGUUAGUGAGUUCACUACAUAGGUAAUAUAAUCAGGAAGUAUAAUUGCUUUUCAUAUUUUUACACAGGUGCUCAUUCAAAAUCCUCCAUAAAUUUAUUCAUCCAGAUAGGCUAGCGUAUAUCUACCAUAGGUGAGUAGAGCCAUUUUUGUAAGGGUGACAAUCAAAUUGUAUGUAAAAUUUCUGAAAAAUGAAAAGUGAGAGGAAAAUAUAUUAAUAUACAGAAUAUCUGACAAAGAGACUUGCUGAUUGCCAACUAUAAAGUGGGGGUAUUCUGAAUUUCUUUACCCCUAAACUUCACCUUUACAGGGAAAAUGUCAAUUUUCGAAGUUAAUAAUAGCAGUAACUAAUCUUAUUACAGCAAAAAUAUAAUUUUUAACCGUGUAAGAAUAUUGCCUGCUGGAAUUUUAGUUUCUUAAGAAUAUUAAAAUUUAACAAUAAAUAUACUAAGAAAACCUAGUCAUUUUUCCUAGAAAAUGUACUGAAUAAUCUUCAGACACAAUCUAGUUCAGGCCACAAACUCAUCACUAACUCUACUUUUCUGCAAUUCUUUCAAAAAUGCUUUCUAUAUCAAGUUUUACAUCAAUAUGGGCUAGUUACGAUACAUUCAGUCCACUUUAACACAUCCUGUUUAUUCACCAGGUCUUUGUGCACCCCAAAGGUUGAAAAUAUUGCAUUGCAGUCUCUAACACACACAGGCUCUGUCUGCAGUUUCUCAUCAAGCAACAUUUUCUUACUGCAAUUUAGGUAACAUUCUCAAAAAAAUUAUACAAUUGAACUCUCAAGAGAAACAAUUGCCUUAAUUUUUUUUGUGUACACCCCUGCUACUCAACAUCCAUAUUAUAGUUCAUUGUUAUGUUUUCUCACAAUACAAAUAGUUUUCUUUUUCAAUAAAAUUACAAGCACAAAUAUAAACAGAUUUAUACCUGUGUAGAGUUGAACUGCUAAUUAUAUAGAUUAGAGAAUGAUUAUUACAAUUAUUAAAAGAAAUUAUUCAACAGGACUAUGAUAAAACAGUUAAUAACUAUGCUGCUGUGAAACUGUCAGUGUUACCAUACUUACUUGAGAUUUUGGUCAUUCACAACCUUUUCAAUUCAGUUUUUGUUAUUAAAUGAAAAUAUGGCACAGCUCAGUAGUUUGUAAAAAGAAAAAAAAAGAAGUAUUUCGUGGGAUUUCUAUGGGACAGUACAGUAGUGUAAUGAAACUCCCCAAGUGUAAUAAAUGGCUUUGUGAAACAGUAGUGUUCUGAGAUUUCAUUAUGUAAUGUUUUGUGUACAAUACUGAUAAUUAUUUUUUUGUGCAAGUGAAACUGAUUAAAAGUUACUGGUUUUUA